AUGCACGACGAAACCAUAACGAGAGGAAAGUCGGUGGCCAUGUUGGAGUAAAAAACAGUGACCAUUUUAAUCGUUGCAACUGUAUGUACCAGUGUGAGUGACCAACAUUUUAUUGGCGCAAUGUCAGAGUCAUUGCUUCUUCUUGCUGGUGACAUCGAGAGGAAUCCUGGACCUGGAGGCAUUGGCCAGGAAAAUCAGCCACAGGAUCGUUUAGUAGAUGAUAGCAAACAAGGAAAGAAGGAGCCUAAACGAAGGCAGCGUAAGCCAGAGACAUGGAAGAAGAAUUCAAGAAAGAUCAAACGGGCAAAAGGAGAAGCAUAUAUCAACACAAGGGGUGUUCUAGUGCCAGCUAUCAAACCCCCAUCACCUGAGCGCAUCUGCCGCUGCACGUUCCAGUGCGCCGACGUCACGGCCGAGCAGAAGGCGUCGCUGUUCCGCGAGCUGCACUCGAAGCCGUACAACGAGCAGCAGGCGAUGAUCAGCGAGCUCGUCGAGGUGCACGACGUGCGGCGGCACUACCGCGGCCGCGGCGGGCGCGCGCGCGAGUCCGCCGUGAGCCGCCGCCAGCGCACGCCGUGGUACUACCUGCGCGACGGCGCACGCGGGCGCGUGCGCGUCUGCCAGGGCACCGUGUGCGACGCGCUCGGCAUCUCGCGCGUGCGCCUGCAGGCGCUCUACCGCAAGAAGGCCGCUGGGCUGCCGAUCGAGGACCAGCGGGGCAACCGCGGAUGA